UUUAAGGUAGGCGGUCCACAUGUCCGUGUCUUUCAAUAGUACUAAGUUGCUCUGGUGAGUUGCGUGGACACCUAUCGCAUGUGCAAAGGUCACUCCUUUCACCCUUUUUUAAUUUUAUUCGAUUUUUUAAUCAUAAUUAUUUUCUUUCCUCUAUCUAAGAGAAAGCUGUUUUUUGUUACGUUUUACGAGAUUGGUGCCUUAAAAUGAUUAUAAAGAAAAGAAAGUCUAAUUUUGAUUUGAUAGUUUAAUAGAAAAAUAAUUGAAAUUUCUACUCCCCGCAUCUGUAAUUUUUAAGUGGAAAUGGGGAAAAAUAACAAAACGAAGAAACGCCAAGUGUUUUCUAAAACUGAGAGGCCUGAUUCGAACUGUGCACAAAAUAUAAAGACAAAUCCUAUAAAACUUGCACCUGAAAAUCAACUCGAAACUCGUGAGGUGGUGAGCGAGGAUGCAACUGCUGGCCAUGAUUCGGGAAAUAACGACGAGAAACGUAUCCAACAGAUCAACUUGACUUGGUUUUCUAAACCAAGAACAACAUUUUUCUCAACGUUUUGUCACGUGUGCAAAGAUUCGAGAGCCGAUGUCGUUUGCCCAAAAUGCCACUUGAUACGAUACUGUUCUAUCGAGCACAGGAAAGCGCACUGGUACUCACAUGCAGACAUUUGCCGUGCGGUGCAGCAGCUCAUGGCUCGAGAGCAGGAGGAUCAUAUUUUCAACCAGGCCUCAGGCCUCUCAGCACAAGAAUUCAGACUUUUCCGGUACAACCUCCUUGUAGAGUGCCAGAAUUCUGUAGAGCGGCAACUACAGUUAUGGGAGCGAGAAAUGUUCCUCUACCCAGCCGUGUGUACAUUUUGUCAUAACCCCUCGACAAAAAUUCUCGAGACGUGCAAUCGGUGCAAGAUGGCUGCAUUCUGUCCAGCGCACAAAGACAAAUCAGCCGAACACGAGGAAUGGUGCGAUGUCCUAACGCUUCUUCGUGACUUUGCGAUUAGUGAAUGGAAAAACGGCGCUAUUCAAAUUAAGCUUCCUAUGGAAAUGUCGGAGAAGAAUUUGAGGAUUCCAGAGACUUUCGAAAAUAUCCUCGACAGCUGCAAUAUCACGGAUGUUUUUGAGCGUAUUCAGCUGACUCAGCUCAUUACCGCUCCUCUAACAGUUUUAUUCGGGGCUGAUGAUCUUUUCAGGCCGCCCACGGGAUCGCGGAAACAAUUCGUGGUGCAUUUAAUAGGGGCUGAAGUUGAGUUUGAAUUGGAGCCUGUUCAGAAAUGGGAAUUAUUUUUCCAGCAUUUAGUUCCCGAAUUAGAGGCACUGAAGUUAGUGCUGAUAGGGCCAGAGCUUUUGGAAUCUCAAGUUGGUGAGAAGUUUGUUGGUUGCGCUGAGUGUAAAAGGAGAAACAAAUCGUUAGACGUAAUUUUCGAGUCAGGGUUGUUGUAUCAUGAGUAUAUUACUACAGAAAAGUAUAUAAAACCAGAUUUAGUUUGUAUUUUUAAUCCUGGGCUGAGUCGACUUACUGGUUAUAAUGAGGAAGACUCAUGGUCAGAUACCAUCAGUGUCAUGUUCCAAGAAAAUGUACCAGUUGUGAUGACUGAAUACACAGAAUUUGAAAUUACAUCCGAUCUGAAACGGAUUCAGGAUAUAGCGAGUGUAAAUAUUCUAAAAGCCCCACAGAAAAACCCUUUUUCCAGCCAUAGACCUUACCGCAACUUUAUUAGUGAUGACUGUAUCCCUGUGAUAUUUAAGAAUUAUUAUAUCUGUGUUAUGAUAGCUACAAGGGCUGUCAAUUAGUCAUUACCUUCGUGAUGUUUUUGGCGAUGCGAUGGUAUAAAUGAUCAAUUACUAAAAUAGAGACCUUAACAGAUGA